AUGGACGAAUCGUUUAUACUAUCCGAGUUCGACCGACUCCAGCAGUCUGGCCUCGCCCUAUACGACGAGAAACAAAGGAUAAUCGAACACAUCGACGGAGGACUCAAAUUUCAAUUCUGCCUGACUUCCGCUCUGGCCAAGAAACCGAAUUUACAAACACCCCAUUCUGGCACUGAUAAGCGGCGAGAUGGAAGCGAUAUCAUCACCACGGGUUUUGAAAUCGGCGAAAUCGGCAACGCCCACCUUAUAAUAGCCAAUAAGCAAUACGAGUCCUUGAACGAGGGUGAUCUCCAGGGAAUCUGGUCCCUCCUCUCCACCAUGAGCACAGACUAUGUUGCCUUUUAUAAUUGCGGCCAAGAUGGAGGGUGCAGUCGAUUGCAUAAGCAUAUGCAAUUAAUACCAAUGCCAGAAGGCACGUUUGCAUCCUUCCUUGACUCCGAUGGAGAAGAACCCGAACCUACAGUCCCGUUUCAAUGGUUCCAUCAUCGAUUUGAUUCGGAAGAUACAACAGUGCAACAUGUUACGGAUAUCUACAAUAAACUUCUCAGGCAAGCUACCGAGAUAGGUGGAGGUCUUUCCGAAAAUGCCCAUGCCGCUUUGCCAGGUGCUGCUUGUCCACAUAACUUAAUUAUGACAAAACGGUGGAUGAUUGUCGUGCCAAGACUGCGGGCUGCCAUCACUAAAGAGGUGGCUGCCAAUGCAAUGGGGAUGUUGGGGUAUAUUGCGGUUGCUACGGAGGAUGAGGUGGAUAAAUGGAUACGUUCGGGACCGACGGAUUCCCUCAAAGAGCUUGGGGUAUCUAGAUGA